GAGAGAGAGAGAGAGAGAGAGAGAAAGCGCUCCCAUAGCACUGCCGAAUGGCAGAGCAAAAGCGACUCUUCAUUGCUAACUCCCGCCUGCGUGCAUUCGACGUAACUUUUCAAAAAGCUACUCCCCUUCGGAUGUGUAGGUUGUGUCCUUUGUCCACAGUUCGGGCUACUAGCUGGGUUUAUUUUACGCCUGCUACGUUAGUAGUAGCUGGGAGAACCAAACGAGAUGGGGGCGAAGUAGGUGGCUCGCUAGCUAGAUAAGAGUGAAGGUUGGACUGUCUGUACUGCAGGGGCUGUGGGUAGCCUUGGUUGUGGUAUGCGGACUAAGUAGUUAGCAAGGAUACGAUUGAAGAAGGAAAACGCUGAGUUAAGUGUAACGGCAUUCUCGCCUGCUCGUGAAGGGAAUUUUUGAACUUGCAGUGUGUUUUAUACACGACUGCUACCUGGUUGCUAGCUAGAAGCGGCAUUGAACAGAGAGAGGGGAAAGGAUCAACUUUCCAGCCUGACGCAGAACCGCAAACAUGCAGUUGACGGAGUUCCUUGCUUCAGGAACCUUCCUGAGCCUGCUCCUUGUCCGGUGGUCCGACAGCCUUUCCUUGUCCUCGGAAGAAGCUAACCAGUUCUUGAGGAGACACAGGAGAGCGAAUCACGUUUUCGAGGAGACGAAACAAGGGCACCUGGAGCGAGAGUGUGUGGAAGAGAAGUGUAGCAAAGAGGAGGCGAGAGAAGUAUUCGAGAACGACCCUGAAACAGACUACUUCUUUCCAAAGUACUUGGCGUGCAUGGAGAAGUUCGGAGACACGGACAAGAAGAAACAAGACCUGAUCACCUGUGUUCACAAUAUUCCAGACCAGUGCUCUCCGUCUCCCUGUAAUCCUCGAGGUACGGUGCGCUGUGAGGACAAAAAGGGUGACUUCCUCUGCCACUGCUUCACUGGCUGGACAGGAGUCCGUUGUGAGAAAGGUACUGUGACCUGAUCUUCAGAAACACAGUGGACUUGUUCCACGUUGCAGCCCACUGGCUGAUCGACAAAUCACCUGGCAUCAGAAAUAACUACUCAUUACUAGUUGGAGAUCAGUCAGUCACAAUUUACCCACAAUACAUCCCAGAUGUGAUGCUGAGGAAUACGGCCAGUGUAUUGGGUACAUAGAGCCUGGCCACAUGGUCAGGGAGAAGUCCUAGGGCUACUAUGUAUUGUUUGUUAGGCCAACUUGUCACACAUACAAAGUGACAGAGGUGGGGGACAGAGAAGAUUUUCUGCAGUGUCACACUGUCUCCAGCAUGUGACAAUGAUCGGUACAGGGUGUGUCCUGUCUGACCUUGACUUGGAUAGACAGUGACUAAGCCACUAAGCUAUCUCCAUCCACACAGACACACACGCCGUCCCUGGAGUGCCACUGGGUUGUGGUUGGGCUCUGUGUGAGUUGUCUAUAUGUCUCUGCCCUCGCUCUGUCUCUCCCUCCCUGUCUCUAUAUGUCGGUCAGGUCAAUAUGGACUGGAUGUGCAGGAAGUGAACCGGUCACAUGUAGAACAGGCUGAGAAGUCACAUGACCCUGCGAAGAGAAGGUCAGCGCUGGGCU